CGAGCUUACUCCUGCGUUUUAUCCUCAGCCCCCGCAUCGCCCGCUCUGCGCCCGUGGAUCACUCACCGUGUUCUGACAGCCGCGCGAGAGCGAGUGAUUGGAGCUUCUGCGCAAGGCGGGGGCGGGAUUGUGGGCGCGUAGGUAAGAAGCCACAGACGCGGACAGACACAACAGCCUCGUCCGGACAAGCACUGUGCAUUUUAUACGUGCGUGCGCAGUGUCGAGUGAUGGAGAUUACCCAACCUCUGGAGACUGGCUAGGAACACGCUGGUUCGGUCUGCUCUGACUCUUCUUUGGGCUCGAGUUUAACGUCCGACAUAAUGCUCCUUCCCCUCCCACUCACAUCAAUCAUCGCUGUCAGCGAGUGUCGAUUGCAUCUCACCCUCAUCUCGCUCCCAGCUGGCACCCAGCUGCCAUCGAGCGAGAUCUCGUGCCGUGGGUGCGUACGCGUCGAAACAAGCCCUCGCUCGUGGCCUGUUCGAUACCGUGGAAGACGGUCGGCUGGCUGGUUUCUCUCGACCCUCCGCUCCGAUUUUGACGCCGCCGCUCCCGAUUGGCCCCAGCACUUUGAUUGACCGUUUGGUCUUCUGAGGGACGCCAGAACGGGGCCGCUGACGUUAUCGCUGUCGGCGGACUUUUUCCAUCGACGCCUUCUGCUUUUGGCCCUCUUGCAGUCUCACCAAAUCGCCAUCUCUCCCUCGAGACGACGACGAACCCUGUCCAGUUUCCCCUCCGGUAUUCAUUUUUAUUUCUCCCUUUUCCGCCGCCCUUUCCCCGGCAUCUUGCGCAACCGCCACCCCGCCCGUGCCGCACCUCCUUCGCAAGGCGCGCAACCUCUCCUGCCCUACUCGACUGAUCACCGCCCG